GCCGCCGAUCAGUCAUGUUUUACAUCUGGAGCAUUUCCAGGGUUUCAGUCCGAGAGGCGUUUCCUGACACCGUGUGAAGUGUGCGCAGAAUUUCUCCCUCCAACAGCUUUUGUGAGAUGUUCUUCAUCUGCCAUGGCGAGAGGUCUGUUUCCAUGGGGGCUCUUCAGAAAGCCUCUGUACAUCCAGGCCAAAUUUUCCUACCUGCACAUGAAGUACCUGUUCUUCUCGUGGCUGGCGGUGUUUGUGGGGAGCUGGAUCGUGUACGUAGAGUACUCGUCCUACACGGAGCUGUGUCGAGGGCACGACUGCAAAAAUUCGAUAUGUGACAAAUACAGAAAGGGGGUGAUCGACGGCUCGGCCUGCAGCAGCCUGUGUGAGAAAGACACACUUUACCUGGGGAAGUGCUUCAGCGCCAAACCCAACAGCCAGGUGUACUCUGGGAGCUGGGGAGACCUGGAGGGAGUCAUUAAGUGCCAGAUGGAGGAGGCUCCUCAUUACGAUUUGGGAAGUGAGAUGGAGCCCAGGAAGGAGGCCGCGGCCUUCAACAAGCCCACAAAGGGAACGUCUGUGGAGAAGUUCAGAGAGAUGAUCGUCAGCCACCUAAAGGCUAAAGUCGGGGAUCAGGCUAACCUCGCGGACCUGGCGACGCAGGUGUUGUCUAUAACGGACGCCAACAAGGACGGCCACAUCUCGCUGCCGGAGGCGCGCUCCACGUGGGCUCUGCUGCAGCUCAACGAGUUCCUGCUGGCGCUGGUCCUGCAGGACCGAGAACACACGCCCCGGCUGCUGGGCUUCUGCGGGGACCUGUACGUGAUGGAGAAGGUGCCGUACUCGCCGCUGUACGGGAUCAGCCUCCCCUGGAUCAUCGAGGUGUGGAUCCCUGCAGGUCUGCGCCGCAGCAUGGACCAGUGGUUCACCCCCUCCUGGCCGCACAAGGCCAAGAUCUCCAUCGGACUGCUCGAACUGGUCGAGGACGUUUUCCACGGCACGUUUGGCAGCUUCCUCAUGUGCGACGUGAGCGCCACCAGCUUCGGCUACAACGACCGCCACGACCUGAAGGUCAUGGAUGCGCGGUACAUCGUCCCCGAAGCCAUCUUCCAAGAAAGCAUCAGGCAGCAGCGCUGCGACGUGGACGAGGACUGUCUCUACGGCGCAGACUGCCUCACUUCCUGCGACCUCACCAAGCACCGCUGCACCACAGAGGUCACCAGGCCGAACCUCGCCAAAGCCUGCGAGGCGCUCAAGGACUAUACUCUGAGAGGAGCGCCGUCCGACGUGAGGGAGGAGCUGGAGAAGCAGCUGUACGCCUGCAUCGCACUGAAAGGGACGACAGAGCAGAUGGAGAUCGAGCACUCGUUAAUCCUGAACAACCUCAAGACUUUGUUGUGGAAGAAAAUCUCUCACACGAAAGACUCCUAAUCAAAAAAUAACGAAGCACAAAGGCCGAGUUUUCAAAUUCAACACCGGCCGCUCUUUUCACUGUGGAACCAUAAGUAUCCCCAAAUAUCCAUGCGCACGUGUAACUGAUGUUUCAUCCCGAAACGGUUGUUAACGAAUGUUUCUUUCAUAACAAAUCAUAUCCAGUAAAUCUUCAAAUAAAAGCCUCGACCCUUUUACAGAAAUAAAGGCCUGUUUCAAUUAGAGGCUCAGUGUCGUUACCAUGCGGCUCAUUUUUAUCACAGAUCUGCGGACGUAUAAAACCUGCUGGAGUUAACGACGGUUAGCUGCUUAGAUCACA